CCAUGAAAAGAGGACCCCUUCUUUGAACGGCAGGUGAGCCUUCGCCGCGCGCUCUUUCUCCAGGACGGUGUCCCCGUGUCGCAUUGCAAACUAGUGGUGGUGGUGGUUCCCUCUUCGCCGUCAUGGCCGCGCCGAAGCCACGCAACACUCGAUCAACGUCUCUCAGGGACGCCUCUGACUCCUCCAAGAUGGAGGGCACGGGUACAUGGGAUGCCCUCCAAUGGACCAAGUUUCAGCCUGGUUCACGCAACGUUUCGCAUGCCAAUUUAGAUUUCUUGCUGGAGGAAGAAAACAUCAUAGCCCAGGGACAUGGCGUUGUUCUUAUUAAUUCAGAUGAUGCAGGCACAUUGGUGGUCACAAAUUUUCGUCUUGUUUUUCUGAGUGAUCGAACUAGAAAUAUUAUUGCCCUUGGAACGAUUGCACUUGCAACAAUUGAGAAGUUUAACAAGAUAGCUGUAAAGAUGCAGUCAGCCAAUCGUCAAUUAGACAAGACACCCCCACAAAGACUGCUCCAGGUUAUUGGAAAAGAUAUGAGAAUUAUCGUUUUUGGUUUCAGGCCUCGUACAAAGCAGAGGCGUGUCAUAUUUGAUGCCUUACUAAGAAGUACAAAGCCAGCUGUACUAUGGGAUCUUUAUGCAUUUAUAUGUGGACCUUCUAAGUUUACUAACUCUAACCCAAAGGUGCGCCUACUAGAUGAGUAUUUCCGGCUUCUUGGAAAACGCUUUUACCGUGCUUCAAGCAAUAUGAUUGAAAGUGGAUCCUUUACCUUGUCAAAUGACUUGUGGAGAAUAAGUAAAGUGAACUCUAACUACAACGUGUGCCAGAGUUAUCCUUUCGCUUUGAUUGUACCAAAGACCAUAAGUGAUGAUGAAGUGCAACAAGCUUCCAGCUUUCGUGGUAGAUGUCGGGUUCCUGUAGUUUCAUGGUGCCACCCAGGUAUACUGACAACUUAUAGAUACGGAGCGGUUCUUGCACGUUCAUCCCAACCUUUAGUUGGCCUCAUGAUGAAUAUGAGGAGCAAUGCAGAUGAAAAGCUCGUCGCUGGAUUAUGUGGCAAACUUUAUGAUGGCUCGCGCAGGAAGCUUUAUAUUGCUGAUGCAAGACCGAGGAAAAAUGCAUUAGCUAAUGGGGCCAUGGGAGGUGGUUCGGAAUCAUCUUCAAAUUACUUUCAGUGUGAGGUCUGUAGUUUUUUUGGUAUAGACAACAUCCAUGCAAUGAGAGAAAGCUUUGCUCGGCUAAGAGAAUACCUAGACACUCAUGGCAAAUCAUCAUCAGAUGGAAUGUCAUCUUUCUUGAGACAUGGUGGGUCAACAUGGGGUGGAGGCAAUCUAAGUAGUAUGUCUACUUCAGUAUCUACUCUUGGGGACAGUGGAUGGCUACUACACGUUCAAAGUGUCUUAGCUGGUGCUGCUUGGAUUGCUGCUCGCCUUCAUAUGGAAAAGGCUUCUGUUCUUGUACAUUGCAGUGAUGGCUGGGAUAGAACAAGUCAAUUGGUUUCUCUUGCUGAUUUGUUACUUGAUCCCUUCUAUCGCACAUUCACAGGGUUUCAGGCACUUGUUGAAAAAGACUGGCUAGCAUUUGGUCACCCAUUUUCAGAUCGUAUGGGAACGCCCUCAGUCUCUGGAAGUGGCAGCAUGCCUUUUGAGUUGACUAGACAGUCUUCUACUGGAACUUGCCCUUCACCACCCAUGCGCCAGUCAUCAUUCACAUCUCAGUCAUCCGCCUCUCAUGCACAGACUUCAAACCACUACUCUCCCAUUUUUUUGCAGUGGGUUGAUUGUGUUUCGCAACUAUUGCGGAUGUAUCCUUUUGCUUUUGAGUUCUCCUCGGUUUUCCUGGUGGACUUCCUGGACUGUGUUCUUUCUUGUCGAUUUGGAAACUUCUUAUGUAAUAGUGAGAAGGAAAGGCAGCAAUGCAAUGUUUUUGAAGCGUGUGGAUGUUUGUGGGCAUUCUUGGCUGACUUGCGUGCUUCUGAAGGAAAAUCUCAUGUGCAUUAUAAUCUCUAUUAUGAUCCAUUGAAGUACAACGGUCCUAUCUUGCCCCCAGCAGCAGCUUUAGCCCCAACACUCUGGCCCCAAUUUCUUCUUCGCUGGGCUUGUCCGGAAGAAGCGCAAGCUGCUGCUGAAAUUGAAGCAGAAUGUAGACAAAUGUUUCUGAAAUACUCUGACAUGCAAAAGGCUAAAGAAUUGGCGGAGAUGAAAUCCAAAGAAAUUGAAAUUGCCAUGGAAUCAUUGAGUUCAGAAUUACGAAAUGAGAAACAGUUAAGAUGGUCAGCUAUGAACAUGACCAAGAAAACAAGCAAAGAGAAUGUGGCCAUAAAACGAGCCAUUCAGUCAUUGGGGUGCAAGUUUCACUUAUCUGACAAUGGAGAUUGUGUCUUUGAUAUUGAAAGCAACUUAGUGGGAUCAGCACAAACCACUAUGUACCCUUCCACGAAAAAGGACUUGGAUAGCACUUCACAUGACGACAAGAAGGAUCUGUCUGUUUCAGUAGCAGUCACGGAGGGUGAUGAUCAUGACGAUCAUGCAAGCAAUGCAUUUGUUCAAGUAUGUGAAGCGCUAUGCCCACUUCGUACUCCAAGUCGACGCUGCAGGUGGCCAAAUGCUGGUUGUGCGCGGCUAAGUAGCCAGCUUGUUGGUUUAAGAGCAAAUUUUGAUGCAUUUGAUCAUUUGUCGAUUGAUGAUAGUUAUUUUAAAUCUGAAUGAACUGUUGAGUGAAGGCGGCUGAAAAAUACUUUACAGGGAAGGAAAGGGGGGAAGGAAAGGAAGUUUUCUGUUUAGAUCAAGCAGGUUUUGGUAUCUUUAGUAAGCCUAAUCUAUAAUGCUUAAUCACCCAUGAGAUGAAGAAUUGAGUAAUGGAGGACCCUGCCAUUUUUACUGGGUCUCUGGAUUUGUACAGGCUAUUAGAUAGCUGAAAGACUUCUUGGUAGCUGGCACAGACAUUUCUAUGGAGCUUUGAAAUUUUGAUGGCAGACGCAGAGAGUAAUUGUGUACCAUGGUGGCCAAUUCCUUGCUACAUGAUGUAAAUAAGGUGGCAAAUAACAGUUGAUAACAUUGCUUUAUUUUUGUGCGGGGUUGGUUACCUUGUACAGACGAUUUUUAUUAAUAUUUUAUUAUUUGUUAAGAGGAAUCAAUGUACAGAAAGAAUAAAUGUUGUCGCUAAUCAUUCUAAUGUAAAAGCGGCCCUUUCCUUGAUUCA